AGAGCUCUCCUGCACAGGAGCAGUCACUCAGCUCGGAGACCAGAACUGCCUGCAGCCACACACCUCGUUUCCCGGCCUCUUCACUCCAGGCUUCGUCUUUCUGCGAGGGGACAGCGAGGGGGAUGAUCAAGGUUGCCGGCUGAACCCGAGACUUCGACAAACAGAGCCUGGCAGGACAUGCAUAACAUCAGCAACUCCAUCCGAAGCAUGAUGGCCAUACUGAAGACAAAGUGGCACAAGGAGGACUCGGUCCUGGAGGACAACACGCUACAGUUUGUGGCUGUCCUGCUCUUUAAGGUGGCCCUGAAUGCCCUGGUGACGAUGUCCAGCUUCAAGAGCAUGCGGAAAUCCUUCAUGGGCUUCUUCUGCAUGUCCCUCUUCAUCGCUGACGUAGCGCUGCUCUGCGGGUUAGCGACUGUGUGGCUCAUCGGUGACUUUGUGGACACGCCCCAGUCCUUGUGCUACAUUCUCGCCCACGCGUCCACAGCCUACCGUCAGCUGCCCCUGCCCGUGCUCCUUCUGGGGACUCUGGACUACGCCCGCAGCCUGCGUUCUCACCCCUACCCAAUGUCCUGGAGGAGGGCCAUCUUGUACAUCGCAGAGGUGCUGCUGGUGUGGGCGCUGGCCAUGUGUUACGCUUACCGCCACACCAACGCCACUGUCCUAGUGGGGACCUUCCGCCAAGGACAAAAUGCCCUCUUCUGCCCCGUCCUAGACUCCAAAGUGAUCAUAUACUUCUGCAUAGGGACAACCCUGGGCAGCUGUGGCAUCACACUUUACUUCUGGAGGCAGCUGCCCAGGGUUUUCAGGACAAUAUAUAGCCUGGAUCUGUUCAAUGAAGCUCCUGAAGACCAGCUCCACAGCGACCUGGCCUUCAGCUACAGAAAGCUCUCCCAGGAGGAAGAGGAGGUGGUUGAGGACGGGAAGGACCACGCUCAGUCUGCGGCAGAGCAAAAGGAAAUGCAAGGCCUACCGCUCCUACUGAGCAUCACGUUGGUCUUCACAAUCAACUGGAUUGCCUUUCUGAUGAUCAACAUCAUCUGCACACUUCUGGACUUUGCCAUCCCUUCCUAUAUGAACGUCAACCUCCUAUGGAUGCUGUGUGCCAACAGCUUCCUGAUUGGGGUGGUGUCCUGGGUCAAACGCAGGCACCUGGGCACCCUCAGCAACCCGCCAGACGACAUCUGCAAUUGGAGCGCUUUCUGGCGUAUCAGCAGAGAGAUGGACCACAGCCUCCAGGACAAUGGCUCUCAGGGCAUCCAUACCAUGUCCGAAAGAAUAGACAAAAACCUUUUAUUAGUGUAACACAAUCCCUCAGCUGAGAGAUCUGUAUAGAAUAUAACUGUGAACAGAAGGACAAUAGGACAAAGUAGCCUAUCAAUUCCAGCACAGGGGUGUAACUAGCAGCAGUCUAGAUCUAAGGGCUAAUCUGUUCACCUUUGCAGCCACACUACAUGGUCCAGUGGGUCAGUUUAGGACAUUGCUGUUAAAUAUGUUGAUGAAGUGUUACAGAAAUCUUUGCUUAAAGAAAACCUUUUACAUUAAUCAGGAAAAAAAACAUUCAUCAAUUUGAGACGGGUGUGACCCAUCAAUAGGCAACCAUGCAGGUACGUGCAGGAUUAUCUGAUCUGAGGAUACUCAUGGGCUAUGACACUGUACUCCUGACAAGAACUGCCGUUUGCCACAAGAAAACCUUUUUCGUACCGAGGAACUGUGCUGAAACCUCUGCUUCUUGAAACAGUGCACUGCAGAAAACCUUUACAUCAGCUCGUUCUAUGAUCUAUACUUGCAAGAACAUCAUUGUUAACAAUGCCUAUAAAACCUAAUUAGUCCUACCAAGCUAGCUAUACUAAUCUGACUUCAUUGGAAGCCUAUGCUGGACAGUGGAAGGCCGAUUGAUACACGCAGAGGAACUUCAUCCAGCGAGGAAAGAAACACACAGGCACAGAGAGCUGUAUUACUGUAACGGCCCUGCUCUGUUGCAGUCUAGGAUAAUCCCCCAUGAAAAUGAACCGGUGUUCAUCCUCUGUAUUGGCUCAGCCACGUAUAAAGAAACCAAGGCCGCACGCAGUCACUCCACAGCAGCUUAAAACACACCAACUCUUAAGUACAACAACAUGAAUCUUUCCAUGUGCAAGAGGCAGGGAUGUUGGGUCAAACAGUAACUAUCACUCAAAUCAAACAAGAUAAAUUGUGUCAUUUCAUUAGCACCACUUCUUAUGUCCUUUAGGACUUCCAGGUGCUGGACAUCUCAGGUGUGUGACUUUAUCCUGCGAGUAAAUACAGACAGAUGAGUAAGAGGGAGUCUUUUUAAUAAGUUUGCUUUGUUUUUGCAUCUUGCAUCUGAACUAUUUGCAUGAGGGACUGUAGUUCACAGCUCCUCCGAGAGGCCAUGGAGAACGACUGUCAGGCAGCCUGGAAGAUGUUCCAGAAGACCAUUCGACGACACUGAAGGAGAGUCGCCCAAGGGCAGGAGAAACUUUGAGAGGUGAAGGGAGCACUCUGAUGGGACCGGGUCCAUUUCUGUGGCUGGGGUCCCAGUGGUGAUUAAACAGACCCGUAGCGGCAGGGCAGCAGGAGUGGAUGAGAUCUGGCUAGUAACACUGAAGGUGCAGGACACUGCUGGGGUGUCAUGGUUAACGGGUCUCUUCAUGUUUACCUGGAAGGCGGGACAGUGCCUCUGGAUUGGCAGAUUGGGGUGGUGGUCCCCAUUUUUAAAAAGGUGGACCAGAGGGUGUGUUCCAGCUACAGAGGGAUCCCCAGCCUCCCUGGGAAAGCCUGUGCCAGGGUGCUGGAAAGAAGACUCCGCUUGACAGCUGAGCCCCAGAGACAGGAGAAGGAACAUGGGCUCUGUCCUGGCUGUGGAACAGCAGACCAACUUUUUGUUCUCGCACAGAUUCUUGAGGGGGCUUGGGAGUUUGUGGACUUGGAGACAGUGGGGUGUGGGGAAGCUGGCUAAGGGACUGUCCGAAAUAUGUUCAGUAAGUGGGAAAAGAACGUACCUGUAAUGUUUCCACUACCAAAGGAGGCAGCAGAUGUCCACAGCAGGGACUCUGACACCUAGGCUGCGCGGACGUAUUCUCCACAGAGUUUAGCGGAAAUGAACUAGAUAUGUGCCACGCUGCAGAACCCACAAACCAGCUACAAUUUGACCCCCAAGUGAACCAAGCUGACAGCUGCAUGUCAAAAAGUAUAAAAUAUCUAGAUCCCGAGCAACAAAGCGUUGAGAAAUGGUAUCCCUAAACCUGCGAAAAGUUUGCCCAGAGUGAUGCAUCUCUUCAAAAACCAUCAUAACAAUGACACGGACGACACAAACUCCCACAUCAGUUAUCUGUUCAACCAUAAAGGCGCUCUGUAAGCUGUUGAUGCUUUCCGCAGUCGGAAAAAGCGUAGCAAAACCCUUCACACUAGAAACACGGAGGAGGGCAGCUGCUGAGGUAGACUCUGCGUGAUAAUUCACGUCUGCUUUGGUUGUCAAAGCUGGGACACUAUGCACCUUUCUGUACUGACUUUGUACGCCGCGAUUGCGAAAAAUGAAAACAGAUGUGGAAAACAUGAAUCUCAUCAAUGUAUUAUUUUUUUAGAUUUGAAAAAGAAUUGUUUGUUUUUCAUCCUAGCUUAACGUUUUACUCCGGUGUGUCCUUGCACCCACGGGGAAAUUUUGUCAGUUUGUGUCGUUUUGUAAAUAAAAAAACAACAACUAUGCUGAA